AUCUCUCUCCUCUCUCUAUCAUCUUUCUCUGUGAGCUUACUUACCCAGCGAUCUUUUUUGCCUUUUGUGAUUUUCCAAUCAAGAACAGACCAAGAAAAUGCUAGCAGUGUUCCACAAAUCGAUUGCUAAGAGCCCUGAGGCUCUGCAGAGUCCUCACUCUGAGGCAGUCAGUUCUCUGAAAGAUGGGUUUCUGGCUCGACACUUCUCGUCCGUAUACCCUGGUUUAGUCACCAUCAACCUCGGUGCUUCUGGCCUCAUGGCCUAUUCCAUGGACAAGCAAAACCCUCUUCUUCCAAGAUUGUUUUCUGUUACGGACGACGUAUUCUGCAUGUUUCAAGGCCACAUUGAGAAUGUUGCUCCUCUUAAGCAGCAGUAUGGAUUAAACAAGACUGCAAAUGAAGUCAUCAUUGUUAUGGAAGCUUACAGGACUUUGAGAGAUAGAGGUCCGUAUCCUGCAGAUCAAGUUUUGGGGGAUCUGCAUGGGAAGUUUGCAUUUAUUCUCUAUGAUAGCUCUUCAAAAACUACUUUUGUAGCUGCUGAUGCCGAUGGGAGUGUUCCGUUCUUCUGGGGAGCUGAUGCUGAAGGGAAUAUUGUGCUUUCAGAUGAUGUAGAGAUUGUGAAGAAGGGCUGCUGCAAAUCCUUUGCACCAUUUCCAAAAGGCUGCUUCUUUACAACCUCUGGGGGCCUGAGGAGUUUCGAGCACCCCCUUAAUGAGUUGAAGCCAGUGCCGAGGGUUGAUAGCUCAGGUCAGGUGUGCGGUUCAACUUUUAAGGUGGAUGCAGAGUCUCGGAAGGAAACUGGUGGGAUGCCUAGAGUUGGGAGUGCUGCCAACUGGUCCCAACACUACUAGCUCAUAACCAGCUCCAUUAUGGAAGGCUUUUAUUAUUAGUUAGCUUUCCAUCUUUCUACUUUUCCCAUUUUCUUUCAUGUUCUUGUCUAGAAGACUGCUGCUUUAAUGGGUAUAGAGCUUGAUGUGCUAACCAAGAUAUGCCCAAUGCCGGUAUACAUGUUGCUUACUGUUUCAAUUUAAUCUGGUACAUCAAUAUGAAGCUUUUUCUGGGCUCAAAAGACCUAUUAUAUGGAAUAAUAUCACAUUGGCAUGGAGGCUUGUAUUUGGGAAAUUGUUAAUUUGAUGCGUUGUUGACCCUUCCUACUCUGUUAAA